CGGUCAUUCGUUUACCUGUUGCAGAGUGCCUCCGGAGACCUGCACAGGUGAUCAUUACCAUUACCACGCAACACUCAAGAACCACAAUAAGCGUGAGAAGAGGUGCAAUCCGGCUGAAGGAAUAUAACAAUUAGCCUACCUACAUUUUGCCAGCGCGGAUUUUCGAGAUUUCGCUCUGUAAUGCUGCGUUAUUGAGCCACGUUAACAACGUACAUCGCUUCUCAAGGUAAGCUAUGGGCGGCUCCUACCUGAUCCAACCCGUGGUGGCGUUCUACGGCUUCGGGUUAUUCAUGACCAUACCGCUGCUGCAACAGUACGUGUACGCCAGACUGUGGGAGCAGCUCUCUAGCGCCCCCUACUCCUCAUCUCAGAGCGCACAAUGUGUCAACAGUUCUUCAAAUCUGACCUUCACAAUCAUGGAGGUGCAGAAGCAGGCGUCUGUCUUCAUCCUGUACGCAGAGCUGAGCUUCCUGGUGCCCAGCAUGUUCUCCUGCCCCCUCCUGGUCUCCUGCAGCGACUCUCUGGGCCGGAAGGCGGCCAUUGUGCCCCCUCUGCUGGGAAACCUGCUCUUCAGCGUCUGCUGCUUCCUCAUCAGCUGCUUCUCCCUGGACCUGCACUUCCUGCUGGGGGCCGGCUUCGUGGCGGGGCUAUUCGGGGGCCCGUCGGCGCUGCUGGGGGGCUGCUUCGCCUACGUGGCCGACCGCUGCAGAGAGGAGGCGCGUGGUCUCUCCCGCCGCCGGACCCUGUCCAUGGCCAGCGUGGACCUGAGCUGGGGCCUGAUCGCCGGCCUGGCGCCCGCCUGCACAGGGAUCCUCAUCUACGCCAUCGGGUUCAGAUGGCCCUUCCUCAUCGUCUUCCUGCUGUACCUCCUCCCCCUGGCCUACGUGGUCCUGGUCCUGGGAGACUCCCUGGCCUCAGUUAUACCCUUGCCAUCGCCAUCCUCCUCCUCCUCUUCCUCUUCCUCCUCCUCCUCCUCCUCCUGCCCCUCGUUGCGUGGUUGCUUGGGCCUGUCGAGGCAGAAGCUGCUGGGCCAGCUGCAGAGCGUGUACAUGAUGUUUGUAACGGGGAGCCGCAGGAGAAACACCGCGCUGGGACUCACACUGGCAGUCUUUGCUCUGUUUAAGAUGUGUAGGGACGGGGGGAUGUCCAUCAUUAUCCUCUACCAGCUAAACCAGCCCCUGUGUUGGAGCGAGCUCCUGAUUGGCUGUAGUUCCCUACUGGGCAUGAUCAUCCAUCUGGGCAGCUACGCGGGUGUGUCCUUCUUUUCCCGUUGCCUCGACGACGCCAACGUGGUCCUCCUAGGACUGCUGUCCCUCGCCGGGGGUCUGCUCAUGGCCGCCUUCGCACACACCACGCUGCUUAUGUUGCUGGUCAGGCUUCCCUUAAUCCUGUCUGACAUGCCGAGUGCUGUCCUGCGCUCCAUGAUGUCAAACUUAGUCCCGGGCUCUGAACAAGGUGCCGUGUUUGCGUGUGUGGUGUUCCUUGAGAUGUUGAGUGCGUGCGUGGCACUUGUGGUGUUCAACAGCACCUACGCAGCCACAGUGACCUGGUUCUCCGGAUUCAGCUUCCUCCUCGCCUCCCUCCUCACAGUUAUCCCGGCCCUACUGAUUGGCGUUCUAAAAGGCCUCCCACAGAACAGGGAAGAGGACAGAUACAGUCUGACGGCCGAGGAAGUGGACUUUGGAACAGGCGUCGUCGAGGCGACCAUCACUGGGGCGGUAUAGCUUCUCCACUGGGACUCUGUCCGCACUCGGGUAUUCGUACCCAACAUCCUACCACACUUCCUGUUAUUGUUUAUAUCAGCAGAGAUCCACACUGGCUAGAUGACACCACACUCUGAAAUACUCAUGUCAACCAGUUGGUACGAUGCCAGAAAUGUAUGCACUAAAGUGCUGCUGGUGUAAAGUAAGUGGAAGCUAUGGCAGCCCAGUGCUCAUGGUGCUGGGACUACCAGCCAAAGGUUGUGGGUUCCAAUCCUAACGUCAGCAGUCUAUCUGGAGGCAUUCCUGAGCAAGAUGUCUAAACCACCUGCCCAUUAAUGGCAUCUAUGACCUAUUGGAUCAAGGCUUCAAGUGAAUCAAUGGUAAAGCUGACUACUGUUGACCUGAUUCCACCUGAGCUGUUUUGUAAACCAGGUCCUAUGCUGGGACUUAAAUUGGUGCACGUUGCGCCCACUUCCUUUGGAACGUUUCAGAAAAUGCAGUGACUCAUGCUGGGGUGACUGUGGUUGAACCCAACCAAACAUCACCCACUACCGCCUCUUCACUUACACACCUCCAUUUAUAUUGUUUCAUUGAUUUGUGAUUAUGUUUUUAAUACAAUUAAUUACGUUCAACUUCAUUUCAUGUGCGAUUUCCCUUUUUUGUUGUGCUCUGUUGAGCUACAUGGGCGACAGCAUUUUGUCAAAUUGGUCACACAUAAAACCCUGCUGUUGAAUAUUGUACAGUACAUACUUGGGGGCCCAUGGAGGGCUGGUCCCUAAAUGUGUGUCAUUAAUGAAACAAUAGGGUUCAACGUCACCAAGGGAUGGAUGAGAUUCAUAACGUUUGAUGUGUAACUUUAUUAAAUCAUAUGUGUAUUACACUUAAAAUAUUUUAUUAAAAUAGAGAGCAGCAAUUUUUCUGAAGAACAGUAAAGAACUGAAAGGCAAUAAUGUGUAUAAUGAUAAAAUGCAAACAAAUAACUUGAUAUUUUCCAUACAUCUGACAUUUGUUUUGCUCGCUCUGAUACCCCGAUGAGCAGGGGUGGACUGGGACAAAAAUUCAGCCCUGGCAUUUUCUGUCCAGACCAGCCCACUACAUUAUCAGCACUAGGGGUGGGACGAGACGAACGGGAAGAACCCUGUAUGUACUUUAUUAAAACGAUUUAAUCAAGUACAUACAUCCUGCUAUUUGCACUGCAAAUAGCAGUGCAAAUUGCUAUUUGUGUCUCUUGUGCUGUUGACAAGAAAGGUGUGAAACCUGAACAGGAAGUUAACGGAUAUCCUGUGGUCGCUGCAUCUCCAUCCCCCAUAUCUACAUAGCUACAAAACGCUUGUUAAAUAUCACACUUGAUCCAACGCUAAUUUCUCUCUUGCAGUUUUUAGUCUGUGAAUGGGAAAAUAUUUUUGUGUAAGCCCAGCAUUAGUUAAAACCAGACUCGGACAAUAAUAACAAAAUAUCCUGACAAAUAAUCUAAAUAGAAACAUAUUACAGACAGUAGCAGCUUUAGAGCUGAAACACAUUUGUUUAAACUGUGACUAAGUCAUUGUGAAACCAUAAAUAGAGAAUAACAUUUUUUUAUCUGUAGCUGCGAGAAAAAGUCUAAGACAUGAAUUACUUACUCGUGGGAGUCACGGACUCUCACGAUUCCGGCCCAUGCCAUGAGGUCCCGCCCACCCUGGUUUGUGUUGUGAUUGACAGCACUGUCAGGGCUCUCUGAGCCUGUCAGCCCAUGAUUGAUUGACAAUGACAAACAUAGACCAAUAAUAUGUGUCGAUGCUGGCAACACACUGCUAGCCCUCUGUAGCCAAUUGGCCAGCCUAAUUGGAGGAAAUUUAGAGAGAGAGAAAAAAACAAAACAUAGCGGACCGGACCGGGCCCACAUUGGGUCAACGGCCCACCGGGACGAUGCCCGGUAUGCCAGAUGGCCAGUCCACCCCUGCCGAUGAGCCAAUAUUGCACUGAUUGAUAAAAUAUUAAACCAUGUUGGUGAGACAGAGGGUCAUCCAAACAUGUUACCAUGACGACAGUAUAAAUAUUUUGAUAACCCUUCCUGACAUUCUAAUUCCCAUCUUGUCAGCCACUUUAAAUGAGUUCACAGCAUCAACAUUAAAAAAGGUUUACAUUAAAGAUGGCUGAUUAGAUGCUAUGUAGAAAAGGGUUAAGUGAAUGUUCGUAACAGGUAAGCGACGGUUAAUUUAAAAUGCGUUUGUGUUUGGCGUGGUCUGAGUAAGGUAGGUGUGGCCUACAAAGCCUGAUGCACACCGACCAAAAAAAAAGCCAUUCACAGUGACUCUAUACUGCACUAUAGUGUAGUACAUUGUACAAUCCUAUACAACUGGACUAAACGAGAGAUG